AUGGCUUCACAUCUACAGAAGCUCGCAGUUGGUCUCGCGGCUGCCGUAGGCCUCUACGCAGUCCUAAUAGGCGUACUGCUCACGCCAGAGGCCCAGAGAUUAUAUGCCAACAAAUUCCAUACUUUGAGAUGGAAAGAUGUUCAUCGCGGUGAGCCGUACGGAUUCGCCAAACAUCAAGUAACCCCCUUUCAUUUGCCGACGCGAGAUGGCGAGAUAUUGUAUGCCUGGCAUAUCCUCCCUCUCGAUCAGUACGUGCGACACGAAGCCGCCAUACUACAGGAAGCACGACCGCCUAACGCUGUCGUCCCCGACCUGACGCAAACAACAGCCUUCAAGUUGUUGACAUCAAAUCAUCCCUCUCCUGCGAGAGUGGUCGUGAGCUUUCAUGGCAACGCAGGGCAUGUUGCCCAGGGCCAGCGAGCUGCAACUAAUCGUUACAUGGCUACUCAACCCAAUACUCAUGUCUUUACCGUGGAUUAUCGAGGCUUUGGCCAUUCGACUGGAGCUCCCACGGAAACUGGACUGAUCGUGGACGGAGUCGCGCUAGUCAGCUGGAUCGUCUCGGUUUGCAAUAUACCCCCCGAAAGAAUCGUUAUAUAUGGCCACAGCCUCGGUACAGCGGUAUCUGCUGCAGUCGCUCUACACUUUGCAGACCCAGGCAACACGGAAAAUCCUUCGGCUGUGCAGACGUUGUAUCCAUUGCGCGGAACGAGCGCAGUGGGCUACCCGUCUACUUUUGCUGGCAUCGUGCUCGCUGCGCCUUUUGACAGCAUCCCUACUCUUCUGCUUACCUACCGCGUGGGUGGCUUAGUGCCUCUACUGCUACCACUAAGGCCAUUUUCCUUCGCUGUUGAGCUCCUGAAUAACUUCGUCGAUACAUGGAACACUGCCAAUCGGUUGAGAGAGUACUAUCAUGUUCUGGAGGGUAAUCCUGAUCUGUACAGCGGUACACGGAUUACCGGCUCGGUUCAGAUCAUUCAUGCCUUGAACGAUGCGGAUAUUCCAUUUCAUCAGACGGAGCUCAUCUGUCAGAAUGUCCUCCGACAACAGUCUUUGGAUGCCCGUGUGCCGGACAGCGAUGAGCUCGAGGCGCAUGAGACCAUCAAGGGCAGCGAAGGUGCAGCUGUCCUCCGUGUCCGUCGAGAAGGCUCUCCAUCACUGCGAUUUGAGUUUGUUGAACAUGGCGGCCACAAUCGCGUCAUCACGUAUGCUCCAGUAGCUGCGGCUGUCUUUCGCGCAUUCGAGGGCCUUCUCACAUCAGCCGUCACCGAGGGAGAGGAACAAGAAGGAAAAGUUCAAGCGGAGCACUGUCGCAGUGAAGGUGGAAUUUAGCGGCGCGUCGCCCACGGCAGCCUCCACAUCGCGACGGUUUCUGCACGGACACAUUGCAGGUCCUGAUUUGUUUGCUCGAGAAUACAUGGAGUCUCUUCAUUUCUCGCUAUGUCGUCCGCCAUCUCCCCCAUCCUUCCGGCGAUCACCAAGCUACAAAUUCUCGAUGCACUGAUUUGCGCUGCGUUCGAGCUUCACUCUGGCGGACGAGCAGUUCUGGAAUUUGCGAAAGUCCUCUUUGGCAACGUGCCUGUAGCCAACGCGGUAGAGGAACGCGAAGAAGAUGAGAAAAAUGUUGGCAUGAAUGGCCAUUGGGGCGAAUCGGGGGCUUGCACUGCGCUUGCUCGCGCCUACUUCCUCCUCAUCGAGCAUGGUGAAGAUGCCAAUGCCGAAGAAGUGAAGAAGAUCGCGAUGAGCAGGUUCAUCAAGGCUGGGUUCGAGGCGCAGGUAGCCAAGAUCAGAGAAGGCGGAUAGUCCAGCUGGGACGAGGGUUGCCCCAAGCAUGGCGCAUAGUCUGUCGUGCAGGAGGUACAGUUGGAGGACGUCCUGGCUAUCACUGCUACCUAGUCACUGUACGAGGGAAGGGCUGUUCAUCGGGCUGUUAGUGAGGAGUACGCUUGGCCGGGAAUU